UCCCGAUCUCCCAGAGUACUUCCUGCAGAGCCACUCUAGGCGGUUACCUCCGGUGGCUGUGGUUUGUGCCGCAGCCGCUCUAGGCAGCAGGAGCUGGCUCUAUGACCUGGCGGGGCCUGCCGGUGGGACGGCGCCCGCCAGUGGGACGGUGCCCGGGGGCGACAGCCGGGUGGCAGAGAGGAGAGUCCCCGGGGCGGCCCGAGGAGGCUCCGUCCGCGCAAGCCUUCAUUAGGAGGCUCGAGGCAGAGCCCGUCGCGCCCGUACCCCUGCGGAGGCCCGGCGGCGGCGCAGCAGUAUUUGGCAACCCACCAGUGGACUUUCACACACAUACUUUGGGAAACUCAAGAGGGGGAAGCUGCUCUGUACUACUUUAGAAUUACUGCAAAAAAAGACCCCUUUGCCAGCAAGCUUAGAGAGGCAUAUUUUUCUUUAAAUCCCAACGAACUGUAUUCUAUAAAUAUUGUGAAGUGUCUGUUGGGUCUUCACAUCAAAGUGGUUUUGUGAAGAAAUGGCGUCCAGCAUUGGAAGUGAAAAGAGUGUGAAUCCUGUGCUCAGAAUAAGUCAACUUGAUGCUCUUGAACUAAACAAAGCCCUGGAACAACUAGUGUGGUCCCAGUUUACCAGCUGUUUUCAUGGAUUUAAACCAGGCGUGUUGGCUCAUUUUGAACCAGAAGUAAAAGCAUUUUUAUGGCUUGUAUUAUGGAGAUUCACUAUCUAUUCCAAGAAUGCAACUGUGGGACAGGCUAUUCUGAAUAUUCAUUACAAGAAUAACUUAUCUCAGACAGAGAAAUACCAACCUCUGAGCAAACACCAGAAGUUAUGGUAUCUUAUUUUCACUGUUGGUGGAAGGUGGUUGGAAGAAAGAUGUUAUGAUUUAUUUAGCAAUCGUCAACUGCAAUCUUUCUGCAAAAUUAAGAGUUAUAUUAACUUUGGAGCUGGACUUCUUAAACUCUGUGGACUUCUAAAUUUUCUGAUUUUUCUUCAGAAAGGAACAUUUGCAACGCUUACAGAACGCAUUCUAGGAAUUAGGUCAGUUUUUUGCAAGCCGCAAAGUGUUCGGCAGGUAGGAUUUGAAUACAUGAACAGGGAGCUCUUAUGGCAUGGCUUUGCUGAAUUUCUGAUCUAUCUGCUACCUCUUAUUAAUGUACAGAAACUAAAACUUAAAAUUUCUUCUUGGUGUUUGCCUAUUGCAGGUCUUCCCAAUAGUGAAAACACAUUAGCAGCUCACUGCAAGGAAUGUUCACUAUGUGGGGAAUGGCCUACCAUGCCUCAUACCAUAGGCUGUUUGCAUGUUUUUUGUUACUACUGUAUUAAAAGUAACUGUUUAUUUGAUAUGUAUUUUACAUGUCCUAAAUGUGGGUCAGAGGUACACAGUCUUCAGCCACUGAAAUAUAAAAUUGAAAUGACAGAAUUGCAUGCCUGAUAUGAGGUUGCUUUGUUUUUAUACUGUACAUGAAAUAUUAUGUUGAAGAGAUUAAUGGAAAAAUUUAGAAAUUAUUGUAAACAGAAAGCUUAAAGAUGGGUUUGGAGACCCUGUAAUUUGUUGUAACAUAUGUCUUUACUGGUCUUAUUUUUUUAAUGAGUAACAGUGCCAACUUGCCUCUCUGAAGGAAAGAAAAGGAAGGAGUUCACCAGCUCUUCUAUUCUGUCAGGCUACUUGAUACCAGUUUGGUACCCCUAUCUUGUCAAGUCAUUCCUUCUUAGAUCUAGAGUCUGUCAGCCUACCACUUCCUAACUGCGUGCUAUAUACUUCCCUCAAAGAUAAAGAAGAUGUCCAGUAAGUUUUUACCCAUUUUGUGGAUUUUCUCAAGCUUGUUGUAAAAGCUUCUGCCAUUACCAACUUAGCUAGUAGAUGGAUUUAGUGGGAAAGUCAUCCUUGUUCAUGCCUAAAGAAUAAUUUUAAAUUUGAGUAUUUUGAAUUUGAGUUCCCAGUGUGAUGUUCCACUGCAGAAAGGAAAGGUGUAAGAUGAAUUGUCAUCUGAGCAGAUUAUUAAUAGUUUUCAUCAUAAUCAGCCACCAUAACAGGACAUACUCUUUCUCUAACUCAGAAUUGCUUUCUUAUCAAUAGACCAUAGGCUUUAAGUGAUCCAUCUGGUAGACAGAUAGAUACUCUGUAGUUAACAUGUGCCUACAGGAGAUAAAAUCACUUCCUGUGCAAAUACAGUGCACCUUCUAGACCUUCAUGAGAUGACUGAACUCAUUUACUCGGUCAGCUAUAUAUCUGUGAUCUUCAGUGACGUAUACGUGACUUCCUCCCACUUCUUCCCUAUAAAGCUGAGGGAUGCAGUUCAUCCAUUGGAAUGUGGCAGCUGCCCAAGGUAACCCACAUUAUUCUGAGUCAGAGACACUGGAGAAAACUGUUUACUCGCAAGAUGCUGUCUUUGGGACUUGCCACACUUCUUUUUUUUUGGUGUGGUUGAAGUGUGUUCCAAACCUCACUAAUGGCUCACUACCACACAGAAAAAUGAUCAAACACAGUUAUGUGCAUGUAGACAUUAAAAAAAAAAAGGUAACUCUUCUUGGUUUUUACUAUUAUUAUUUGCUUUCUCUGUUGGCUUUGCAAUAUUUUUAUUAUUACCCUUUUUAACACUUUAUCCAUUUAUUCUCUGACCUGGUUUUAUAAGACUUACAUUUUUUUAAAAAAAUUGCGGUCCUUUUUUUAAUAGUAAGUCUCACCCAGAAAUAUCUCAUUAACGCAAAAAUACAUUGCAUCCUUUUUUGGCUCUUAAAUCAAAUUUUCAUAAACUUAUACAGUUAAAUUGAGUAAAUUACUUUAUGGUGGCUGUGUUCUUGAUUGGUUAUCAUGAAUAAUCAGUCCCAAAAAUAGUAUGGUAACAGCUGAUCCAAUAUCUUUCAUCUACUUUUAUGAAAUGGUUUAUUACAUUCUUCAGUGUCUGAUUAAAACAACCCACCAGCCUAUUUGUUUGAAGGCCUUAAAUUCUAGGUUUUGAUCUUUAGAGUGACAGACAGCGCUUUCAUCUGAUGCAAUUAAAUACAGUUAGCGGGUUUGUAAGUAUCUUUGGGCAGCCCAAAACUUCAUUAAUUCUGCUACUGUUCUGUGAGUCAACAGAGACUUCAGAGCAACUGCUUCCAGAUACUGUGCUGCAACGCAUUAUUUGCCAUCAAAUGUGUGUAACAGCAGCCUGCCAAAUUUGUUAUUUGCUGUUGCAAUUUGAACCAGCAGGUACAAAUCUGUCUUUAUUGGAAGUAUCGAAAUGGGCAAGUCUGUUGGAGAAUAUUCUGGAAUCACUUGCUGGUGCUGAAGUGAUUCUGUGUGAAUUGUCUUUCCACAUCACUUAAUAGCUCUUUCCAAAGAAAUGUAUUAGCAACCCUGACUUUGACAUGGUCUAAAGUCCCCAGAAAGGAUCAUCAGCAUUUCUGCUACCUCUCUCUAACUAUCUUAAUUAAGAUUUUUACGUGUCCAAAAUCCAGUGUUUGUAGUUUAUAAUCAUAGCAGACCUUUGUUUCCUGUGGACACUUCCUUCUGAAGUCACAGUGCAGUAUUGUGUCAAAAGAGCAUGGAUUUUCUAUAUUGGACUCUGUUAGGUGUCAAGUUCUUCUUACGUAGGAGUUAACUUUCUUGUUUAGAAGUUUCUUUUUCCUGAAUAUUAAAGAAUGUUGUCUUUCUUUUUCAUUCCACCUCUCUCUGUCCUGCUGUUUUGAUUUACCUAAGCUGUAUGAAUUUCCUGAGGUUUGUUUUGUCUUGCAGCUUCAUGCAGGUGAAAUCCUAGUAAAAUGUGUACUGUUUUUCAUCCCUGUUACAGUAUCAGUAAGAAACCAAUUUCCAGAAGUUUUGUACCUCUGUUGAACAACUAUUUUCUGGUGGCUGUGCCAUAUUGCACUUGGCUUCCCUGUUUUUCUUCUGGAAUUGAACUUUUGAUACUUAACUUACGUUGGCUUAUUAUACCAAAGCAUUGGCCUACUACUGUAGUACCUCAUCAUCAGCGUGUUAGGUUUGUAGCUCGUAGCACUGACCAAGUUUGUAAAGUCUAUGUCUUAUGGCAUAAAUAAACAGUUUGCAUUACCCUGAGAUCCUAGAUUCUAAGGUGUGGCUUUAACUCUUUUAUUUUGCAUGCAAGUAAGCAGGUACCAUGCAUAUCACAGAAAAGAAGGUUUGGGAAGGAAGUUGUUCCUUCUGUCAGAUACAGAAUUUUAUCUUUUUGUUUUUUUAAUCUACCAUGUGGUGAAACCUUCGCUCAGUUGUAGUCACAACUCAGAUUGAUGAGACCAAGGUUUCAACUUGCAUAUUGGAAAAACUACUUGCUGCCAGGUUAGCUUUUUAGGACUCCAAGGUCAAUCCUCAGCAGCUUCCUUAUAGCAUUGUUAAAUUAAAAAAUAUACCUUUUUUUAUAUUGUAAUUCUGUUUUGUUGUGUCUUGUGAGAUACAAACUGCAGAGAAGUCUUACUUGAAGAUAUUACAGAAGAGAAAUAGAUAAUUUGUAGACUAAUCAAAGGAUAAUUAAUUUCACGUACUAAUUGCAUUGAUAAUUUGUCCUCAUAAGCAUUAUAUUUUCAGGUUAAAACUCUUACUGUAACAAAGGACUAAGAUACAUCUGGUGAUGCUUCCUGCAGUAGAGGGAAUAAAAUUUAUUUUGGAAUGUUAA